UUCCCGGAAAUGCGGCCUGCUGUUUCCGGCGCCAGCUUUUGGCGGGUGUGAGGUCGGCGGCGGGCGGCUGGAGGUGUGGGGGACGGAGCUUCGGCGCGGCCGGGGAAUGCUGGUGGUGGCGGGGAGGCCGGUGCCUUGGUGAACCGCGGCCGCCUCCGCCAUGUCCGUGGUGCCGCCCAACCGCUCCCAGACCGGCUGGCCCCGCGGGGUGAACCAGUUCGGGAACAAAUACAUCCAGCAGAGCAAACCCCUGACCCUCGAGCGGACCAUCAACCUGUAUCCACUCACGAAUUAUACUUUUGGGACCAAGGAACCCCUCUAUGAGAAGGAUAGUUCAGUGGCUGCACGGUUCCAGCGCAUGAGAGAAGAAUUUGACAAGAUUGGAAUGAGGCGGACCGUUGAGGGCGUCCUGAUCGUGCACGAACACAGGCUGCCUCACGUAUUGCUCCUGCAGUUGGGCACAACUUUCUUCAAACUGCCAGGUGGUGAGCUUAAUCCAGGAGAAGAUGAAGUGGAAGGCCUCAAACGUUUAAUGACUGAGAUACUGGGUCGUCAAGAUGGAGUGCAACAAGAUUGGGUCAUCGAUGAUUGCAUUGGUAACUGGUGGCGACCGAAUUUUGAGCCUCCCCAGUAUCCGUAUAUUCCCGCUCAUAUUACGAAACCAAAAGAGCACAAGAAGCUCUUUUUGGUUCAGCUUCAAGAAAAAGCUUUGUUUGCAGUCCCCAAAAAUUACAAGUUGGUAGCUGCUCCCUUGUUUGAGCUCUAUGACAACGCGCCAGGUUACGGGCCGAUCAUUUCCAGCCUUCCCCAGCUCUUGAGCAGGUUCAAUUUUAUUUACAACUGAAUUUCCUGAAGUGUGUGUUAGAAGCCGUCUCUGUGAGAACAGCUUUAAAAAGUAGGAGAGGAAACUUGACGCAAGGAAUUGUUUUUUUUUUUAAUGUCUUUUAUCCCUCAAUUUUCCCCUUCCUCAAAACUUUCUACCAUCUGAAUAGAAAAGUGAAUCUUCACUGUUUAGAUAGUGGAAUGAUGAGUGUAAUUGCGUUUUAAUCACCUAUGGUGUAAUAGUUGCCUGAUCUUUUUUUUUUAAAAUAACAUUAAACAAAAUGGACUCCA